AAUCAAGUACUCAUAUAACUUCGCAUAUGAAUGAUAAAAUCUACGAACGAAAACAACGCCUGGAAAAUUUCACCAAACAUUUUUUUCUCGAACAGGGCAAGACGUGCAAGAGUGUGCGUCAUGCUCUGGGUGAACCGCCCCAAGAAACAGGUGCUCGCUUCGGUGGUCGGGAGGAGAGGAAAUGUUUCGAUAAGAUAACCAGGGGCGACAUUCUCGAACCCAUACGUGAUCGUAAGCCACACUUACCUCCACGUAGCGCCUUCACCGCAAUUCUCGAAGCGCUACGUCAUCGCGCGGCGAGCAAUGUUGUGUAUUGUUACGAUGGUGUCGGUCAGUGCAGGACUACCUCUGGGCUUGGGAGUGCGCUGACAUCACGAGGCGGCUGGUGCAACGUUCAUGACCAGCUAGGAUACCAACAGCGAGAUGGCCAAGGAACAGCUGCUGCAGGCUGUGGAAGACCACGAUGCCAAUCAGUUCCUCAAGCUUAUUCUGAGCCAUGAGAAAAAGAGUAAAUCUGUGGACUUGGAGGAAAUUUUACUGGAGCUGAGCCAGGAUGAGGUGACUCACAUCUGGGGUGGCUUGCAAGCCUGGGCAGAUGAGCAAAUAACAGCUUUUAUAGCCAAGGAAGAGCAGUGUCUGGCUGAAGCUCAGGGACAGGGAAGAGAAACUGCUGCUGAUGACACAGGCAAUACAAGCAAGGAGCCUAAGGCUGAAUACAAUGAAAAGCUGCUGGAGAGUAUUGUUAAGUUUGGCGUCAUAUACGUCAACACACACAAGGACAGCGACACCAUCUUCAUCCCUGAGAAGUUUCUGGAGCUGACAUUGUUGAUGCAUGAAAUGAUGACUGUGCUGGAUGGAGCAGUGAAGGUGGCAGUGGUGGCCUUGUGUGAGCUGUGGUGGCUGCAGGACCUGGAGACUCGGGACCUUAUGAUAGCCAAUACAUUGUUUCACCUGGUGGAGGCUGCCAUCAGAAAGGGGGCACAGGUGAAGGAUGUAGUGCGGCUGUGGAAGAUUCACGAUGCCCUUGACACUAUGGACCUGAUUAGCCCCAGCAAAAGGGAUUUUGUGGAAAUACUGACCUCCACUGCAUCUUGCCCUGUCUUUCUGAAGUGUGAUGCGGGCAUCAAGUGGCUGGUAAAGCUGUUCUCUUGGCCCUCGCUCAUUGGUCCCCUGCACAAAGAGAUAAGACUGGCCAUCCCUGAGUGUACAAAUGCACAGAGCGAGAAGUACGGAGAGAUCUACUUUAAGGCGUGGAAAGUCAGCCAAGGUGAUGCCAAGAAGGCCAUAGAAGAAGACUGCAUCCAGGAUCUGAUGUACACAGCCAUCCAUGCCAAUCCCAUGCCGUGCCGUCCCUCUGCCAAUCUCCACCGCCUGCUGCACCACAUCCACAGCUACAAGAAGCAGAGGGCUGCCAGCACACUCAUCACUGAACUAUAUCAGCCCAUCCUUUGGAGAUCUUUUAAAGUAGCCAAUGGAUACGUGCGAAUGAAUGCCACUGGGUUGCUGUGUGACGCCUUUCCCAUGACUGACUACACCCUGACCCAUGAAGAGCAGGGCGACUUUCUGGAGAAGCAGUACCACACCCUCAAGACCAUGCUGCUUGACCCCUGCCACCUGGUCCGCAUCACGGCCAUCAAGGGGGUGUUCAACAUUCUUUCCAAGUACUGGAUCAUGGUGCCCUCUGAAGUGAUCAAGGCAAUCUUCAAGAUCCUCUUGACUGUCCUUGUGUAUGAUGUAAGCACUGCGGCGGUGCGCGUGGAGGUGCUGAGGGGUUUGACACUGUUGCUGAGCUGUGUAGAUGCAGUUCCCUUCCUGAGCCAAGUGUUGCCGCGACUCGGGAACGUGUUCGAUGAUGCCAAUGCUGUUGUGCGGGAGACCUUUGCCAGGCUGCUUCUCAAGGUCAAAGAAUCCAAGGCACUCAAGUACUGGGACAUUGUGUCUGUAAACCACCUGCUGCACCGUCUGGAGCUAGACAACCCCAAGGUUGCCCAACGAAUCACCCGCCUCCUGCUCACCUCCUUCCACCCACUCGCCAAGGGAGAUGAGGCGUUACUGCAGAGCUCACUUUCAUUGCUGGAGGAAAACCGAAUGGCUGCCCGAAAGUUCUACCAGCAUGCCAGCUCCAUGAUCGGCCUGCCCAAUGUGGUCCACUUUAUAUUGCUCCUGUGGCUUUGUGUUGCCAACCAUAUAGCAAUACAUAGGCAACAGCACUCUGAUGAUGAAGAGGACGACUGCAAUGAAGAUACCAGUACCAACUCAGGGAGGAGAGGCAAACACCACUCCGCCAGAGGUCCUCAGGGGUGUGGACAGGACUCUUCUUUAGUAUCCACCAGCAAUAAGGAAAAUGCUGCUACAGCCGGGGGAAGAGUGAGCAACAGGCCCUUCAUCCAUAGAAAGGACUAUGAUGCCAAUGAAGCCCUUAGAGAUAGCACUGGUGGCCUUGGCAGUAAUGAUGUAGAAAAGGAAGGUGAUGAGGAAGAGGAGAGUGAGAAUGAUGAGGACAAUCCCCUGAACAAUCCUGAGGUGCUCGGAGGCAUCCUGGACACUGUGGGCAUCCUUUGGGCCACCAAUGCCCACAGACUGGCUCUGCCCCAAAACCUGAAGUACCUUGAAGCACUUAGGACGAAGAUAUCUAAGAACUUUCACCACUUCUUCAGAUACUUCAAGGGUAAUGCCGAUGCCUCCCAAACACUGCUCUACAUUGCCAGCUUCCUGCCCAAGUCCUUGGUGCCCACCUUAGUGGGCCACUGCAUGUCUCAGCUCAAAACAGUACAGGCUGAUAAAGUUGUGUCUGGAGAAGACACUUCAUACAGGAACUAUGUAAAUGCUCUUUGUAACUGGAAUCACACAGACAGUGUUUUGGAACUAGUUUCUGAGUGGCUGGAGGAAGGCUUCAAGAGUAGCCUCUCUUUCAGCAGUAAGGAGAAAAGACGGAGUAGGCGUCAAGUUCGUUUCUGUGAAACAAGCAUCCCAAAGCCUCAUGUAGCCCUUCAUUUCCUGCUUCACAUCCUGGAGCACCCUCUUAAUAGGGUGGCCACCCUGCAGAGGUACCGACCCCAGCUACUUGAGGUGAUCCAAGACAUGGCCAAAGUCAAGGACAUGAUAAGCACACGCUUGCAACAGAGUGAGGAGCUGUCAACUUUGUGCAGUGACAAAUUCUUGUGCGAGUGUUGGUCCUUGUACUUACGGCUUGUGGUCGUUUGUCACCAUUGCCCUGCACAGGCCCCAACAGGCAUGCGGGCUAGAAUAAGGAGAGAAGAAGCAGAGGAGGAACUGUACCUGGAUAGUCCUGCUUGCAUCUUAGAGUGUUUGGAAUGGGCCUCAAGUACAGUAGUGCCUUACCUUGGGGAGAGGAGUGGAGGCAAGAGGAGGCUUCAGGACACAGAGGAGAUAUCCACCCUGAUUACUAGCACAUUAAAGAGUUUGGCCACCUCCAGCACUCACCUCCUCAUGAUUGGGGCAGCUAAAGUUCCCUUUGUGUACAUGCUAAAUGGCUUCGUUAAGAUACUCCUAGAAACAGAUAAGAAUGGAGUGCUCUGGGAGGAGGGCUUAUUCCUUGCUCAGGAGGGCUAUGAGUUCCUGUGUGUGUAUGAGUCCAAUGAGGAGAAAGAGGAAAGUGCCGUUACUCCUCUACAGCUUGCAAACACCUGUAUAGCAUCCAUGUCAGAAUACUUCAAGCACCAUGACCAGCUGCCCAAGGAGUGUAAGGAGCUCAACAACACAUUGGUGCAGUUUUUGGUCUGUCUUGGACAGCGUUCACGUCAGAACCAAAGUCAAGUUCUGCAACAGCUGAUGGCUUUUGUGGCUGAACAUCUUAACUGGAGGAUGUCAAAUGACAAUGGAGAGGAGAUGGAAGUUGAGAGUGUCCAGCAGGUUGGGGGUUUUGUCGCCCUUUUGCUGGGUGCCUUCCAGAACCAGACAAAGCUUUCCAUUGCAGUCAUGGAUGCCUUCACACAGUUCCUCACUACAGAUGUCCACGACAUAAAGACAUUCCUUGCUGCAUGUCACCUGCUCAAGGUUCUGCUGCAAGACAGUGGGAAGAUAUCACGCUACAGCCUGAAGCAGGCAGUGACUGCAGCAAGCACGCUCAUGUCUACUAUUAGUUUACCUGAGAGGAGAGGUGAAGAGACAGAUGGAGACUCAACAUCUAAUGUUUAUGAAAAGGAUGCCCAAAAAGCACAAGAGAUCCUGGAUGGCCUUAAAAAUUCUUUGGGUAUUGUAUAGAACUGAGUAAUGGCCUGAUGCAUUAUUCCUGUAGUAAAUAAUUGUUAUAAGCCACGAGAAUUAGCUAUACCAUUUAUAUUAUUUGCUCUGGAUAUUGGAAUAGUUCAGUGCUGUGGUUUGCAGUCCUCCAAUCUUUUCCUUUUGGUUGGAUUUUACAAUACACAGUUAUACAUUGACAUAUUUAUGGAGAAAUGGCUUUCACUUGAACAGUUUUUAGUUUGGCCAAGUUAAAGUUAAUAAGUAUAGUCUAUGCCUUUUGUUGUGCUCUUUUGUCUAUAAUUGUAUGUGAUAUUCGUCAAGUGUAGCUCUGGUUGUUUUUGCAGUCACAUUUUAUUUUAUCCUUUAUUCUUGUGUUCAAUAUUGACAAAUUCAUGGGUAAAAAUUUUUUUUUUUUUUUUUUUUUUU